GUUGCCUCCACCCCGGGCGGCCUGCUGAGAUCUCCCCGGGGCGACUGGGCUGCAGCAGCGGCAGCCACGUCAGCCUUCGCCGCUUUCCCCAAGCUCGCGGCCCCGCCCGCCGCCUCCGGUUCGGAGCCGGAUCCUCGCCGUCUCUCUUUCCUCCCGGCUGCUGCCACCACCCCAUGCUGCUCCGCGCGCGCCUGCCCAGUCCCGGCGGCUGCUCCUCCUUCUCCUCCUCGGCUCCAGUGACAUCGGCGGGCGGGCGGGAGGGACUCCAGAGGCAGCGCGGACCCGAUGUUGACUCUUUGAGAAAUGUCAAUGAAUAUUUGUGGAUUAUGUCUGCACAUAUUCUACAGAAAGCCUCUUCAAAAAUCUAUACAGAUCUUUUGAUUACAGCAUCGUGAAACCUUUGCUGCUCUGAACUUUGCUGGACCUCUAGCUCUCAAAAUGGAGAGCUCAUUACCCAAAGGAAAAUACAUGAGAAACUUUAAAAUAAUAUUGAGUUUAGUUUUAAUAUGUCUUAUAGCCUUGGUUUGCCCUGAUCAAGAUUUCUAUAGUUUACUUGGAAUAUCCAGAGAAGCAACUAGUAGAGAAAUAAGACAAGCUUUCAAAAAAUUGGCCUUAAAGUUGCACCCUGAUAAGAAUCAGAACAAUCCAGAUGCACAUGAAAAUUUCUUGAAAAUAAACAGAGCAUAUGAAGUAUUGAAAGAUGAAGAUCUGCGAAAGAAGUAUGAUAAAUAUGGUGAAAAAGGACUGGAGGAUCACCAGCAAGGAGGGCGAUAUGAAAGCUGGCACUACUAUCGCUAUGAUUUUGGUAUUUAUGAUGACGAUCCUGAAAUCAUAACUCUAGACAAAGGAGAAUUUGAUGCAGCUGUGACUUCAGGAGAAUUGUGGUUUAUAAACUUCUACUCCCCUCGAUGUUCACAUUGUCAUGACUUGGCACCAACGUGGAGAGAAUUUGCUAAAGAAAUGGAUGGAUUAAUACGCAUUGGAGCUGUAAAUUGCGGUGAUAACAGAAUGCUUUGCAGAAUCAAAGGAAUUAAUAGCUACCCAAGUCUGUAUGUUUUUAGAACUGGAAUGAAUCCAGUGAAAUAUUAUGGAGACAGAUCAAAGGAGAGUUUAAUGAAUUUUGCCAUGCAGUUUGUCACAAGCACAGUGACAGAAUUAUGGGCAGGAAAUUUUGUUAAUUCUGUUGAAACUGCAUUUGCCUCUGGUGUUGGCUGGCUAAUUACUUUUUGCAGAGAACAUGGAGAUUGCUUGACUUCUCGAGCACGCCUUAAAUUGGCCGGCAUGCUGGAAGGCCUAGCUAAUGUAGGCUGGAUGGACUGUGCCACCCAGGGUGAGCUUUGUGAUAAUUUGGAUAUCUCGUCUAGCUCAACAGCAUACUUCCCACCUGGAUCCACCUUAACUAAUAAAGAGAGAGGAGGUGUUUUGUUCCUUAACUCCUUAGAUGCAAAAGAGAUAUAUUUGGAAGUCAUGCAGCACCUUCCAGACUUUGAAAUGAUCUCUGCAUCUACAUUAAAGGACCGCCUGGCUCAUCAUCGAUGGCUAAUAUUCUUUCAGUUUGGCGAGAGUGGCAAGUCAGAUGGCCAUGAUUUUAAAAAGCUAGGCUUUCUACUUAAAGCAGAACAUAUUCAGAUUGGCAAGUUUGACUGCCUUACUGCACCAAAUGUCUGUAACAGUUUGUAUGUUUAUCAACCAUGUCUGGCUGUCUUUAAAGGAAGGGGAAUGGAAGACUAUGAAAUUCAUCAUGGAAAGAAGAUUCUGUAUGACAUUGUGGCUUUUGCCAAGGAGAGCGUAAAUUCCCAUGUCAUCACUCUUGGUCCUCAAAAUUUUCCAGGCAAAGAGAAGGAACCAUGGCUUGUUGACUUCUUUGCACCUUGGUGUCCUCCCUGUCGAGCUUUACUGCCAGAACUGAGGAAGGCGUCAAAGCAAUUGUAUGGUCAGCUGAAAUUUGGUACAUUAGACUGUACAGUUCAUGAAGGGAUUUGCAACAUGCAUAACAUUAGAGCUUACCCAACAACUGUGGUAUUCAACCAGUCGAACACUCAUGAAUAUGAAGGUCAUCACUCUGCUGAGCAGAUUUUGGAGUUUAUUGAGGAUCUCAUGAAUCCUUCAGUAGUUUCUCUAACACCAGAGACCUUCAGUGAGCUGGUGAAAAAAAGAAAGAGCAAUGAAGUCUGGAUGGUGGAUUUCUAUGCUCCGUGGUGUGGUCCUUGCCAAGCUUUGAUGCCAGAAUGGAAGAGGAUGGCCAGGUUGCUGAAUGGACUGAUCUCAGUCGGCAGUGUGGACUGUCAAAAAUAUUUCUCUCUUUGUCACCAAGAAAAUAUUCAAGGCUAUCCUGAAAUAAGACUCUUCCCUCAAAAAUCAGUUUCAUCUCAUCAGUACUAUAGCUACAAUGGCUGGCACCGAGAUGCCUAUUCACUGAGAAGAUGGGGGCUAGGAUAUUUGCCCCGAGUAUCUCUAGAUCUGACACCUCAGAGUUUUAGUGACCAAGUUCUGAAUGGGAAAGAACAUUGGGUCAUUGAUUUUUAUGCUCCAUGGUGUGGCCCUUGCCAGAAUUUUGCUCCAGAAUUUGAGAUUCUGGCUAAGACUGUUAAAGGGAAAGUGAAAGCUGGGAAAGUUGACUGCCAAGCUUAUGCUCAUACUUGUCAAUCUGCUGGAAUCAAAGCUUAUCCAACAGUCAAAUUUUAUCCUUAUCAAGGAACAAAGAAAGAUGCUUUUGGGGAGCCCAUAGAGAGCCAAGAUGCAAAAGCCAUAGCUGAACUCCUGAUGGAGAAGGUUGGAGAUAUUCAAAGUACGAGAAAAAAGGCUUCCAGAAACAAGGAUGAGCUCUGAGUGAUGGCGUGAAUUCGAGCUAACCGAAGCUGGGACAAGGAAGAGAUCGCAUCAUGUUUCCAGCAGGAAAAAGAGAAGAGGACUAAUGAGGAUUCGUGGUUGCAUCACUUGCUCCACGAAUGCUGCAGAACUUGCUCUGAAACAUCCAAAGUGUUCAUUUGUAAUGGGGAAGAUUGACUCUGGCAGCUGUUGUGAUAGCGCUAACUGCAUACCAAGGAGGCUUGCAUUUUCUGAUGAGGGACUUGAGACUUGGCCAGUAGUGGGGGAACUGCAGGGUUUUUCCUUCAACCCUUCCCAUCUGUUUCUCUACCAAACAAGCUCUUCCCUUGCUCGAGGUGGGAAAGCACUAAUUCCACUUGUUAAAUGGAGGUGAGAAGAGCACUCCACAGUAUGGAAAGGCUAAACUGGAUUCCUUCCUGUGAGGAGGGGAAGAAUAGUCUAAACAACUUUUUAACCUCGGUAUUGUAGUUAGUGAGCAUUGUUUUCUUUGUACCACAAUUCACUGGUAAGAUAUAAAUUUGGAGAACUUCAAUUUCCCUAGCAUUCAGACCCCUCUACAUUAUGCAAUCCUACUUCUGGACUGAUUUCUAAGCUACUUUGGAAAGCAGUCAAAGGGCCCACAUGCAUGAUCAUGUCAGUGUACAGUGGUCAAGGGAAAAGCCCUGUCUCUCCUGACUCUCAGCUUCUUCAGCCAUGGUGAAGCGCAUAAUUGAGCACAUAAGCUGCCAUACACCAGUUCUGCACACCAUUCUGCAAAAGCUCAAAAAGCAAUGAAGGACAUCCUGACCAACGAAGCACAUAUGUAACAAAGCUAUUCUAGUGCAAGAAAAUUGCAUCUUUGCGCUAAAAAACAGGGAUUUGCAGAAUUGCACUCUUGCACAAAAGUUCCCUUUAAAAAAGACAAGGUGUUCCAUUAGUGCAAGCAUCCUUACGGUAGUGUAACACUAGUCUGGAAUGCAAGCUUCAGACCUAGAGGAACUCACCUGUGCAAUGUCUUUGUGCUAGCACAAUGUCCUUGCUCAAGGGCACCAUUAGGAUGUUGGCCAAGAGUUUAGUUUUUAGCAAAGAUGUAACAUGUUGAAUCCAGCAGGUGGCAGCACAUACACAGGGCUGUCUGGUUACUGGCUUAAUCAGCAGUGAACUAUAAGCAAGGCUUUUCUCUUACCCACUGUGCAGUAAAGAAUAGGCCCAAAUACACAUUUUCUUGGAAAGUAAAUCCCACUUAUUGCAGUGGGACUGCAUUCUAAAUACGCACAAUUAGAAACAAGGCUUCUCACAUCAAAGCAACAAACAAAUGAAAAGUACCAAGGGCAGCUCCAAGGACAGAGGGACAAAGGGGCCAGCACCCCUUCAGAAAAGCGGUUUUCCCCAGCUGCCCCUUCCCCCAUUUCUGUUUCAUUAAUCCAAUGUGGGACACUGCUCGCCCGCCCGUCCUGCCCCACCUCCCCCUUUUUUUUUUUCUGGUACCAGCACUGAAAAAUACCCUAACACUGUAUGACUGAGUUGCAUUUUUCAUGAUUUUCCACAGACUUAAAAGUACAAAAUAUUCCGCUUGCAUCCCAGCAAAUUUGUUCUUGAAUGGUGGAGACCAAAGUUGAGACACUUUGGUGGAGACCAAAGUUUGUGCUUUGAGACACUUAUUUCAUCUGUUUUGAUAUUGAUACAGCCUCCACCUGCUUUUUUAAAAACAAAAAGCACAACAUGGUAAAAUGUAAGUCUGUCUUUUACAGCAUUUCAAGUGCCUUCUGCAUUUUCACUUCCUGGUAGGAAUUGCAAAAAUUUUGCAUUUUUGCAAAAAUUUGUAUUACUGGAAGUUGGUGGAUUUUUCAUUCUAUUCACAGUCUGCGGCACAGGGUCCUCCUUAAUAUGUACAAAUGCGGUGUGGCUUUUUUCUGAUGUAGAAUCAACACUUGUCAAACUUUGAAAUCAUUUUCUUACAUUUUAGUAUCCAUACUGUUCAAAACAUUAGUUUGUAAAAUCUUGCCAUAGAAAUGUCAAGUGUGCAGUCUUCUUCUCUCUAAAACUGGAAGACAUGCUGGGUACAUACCAUACCGUUUGUUUGGAAUCGGUUUUGGCUUUUCUCUCUACAGUCACUUAAUGGUUAUGGGACUACAUGGGUGUUUAUUUCACACAUGCAAAAAUCAGAUAUUUUUUUAAAGUGUCACUUCCAUAAUCCUCAGUUAUUUUAUUACUGCAUGCACUUGUGUGUGCUUAACAUCUAAACUAUGAAUCUGUUUUUAAUAUUAAAUUACCAGCCAUUUUUCCUCCAGGGGUGUGAUCACAGAUAUUUAUGUCUAUAUUCUACUCUUGAUUAUCCCAUUGGAAUUAUCAUUAGUAAUAUGGGGAAUUGGGCAUCUUCAGGUUCCCCUUAUUAGCAAAUACAAAAACACAAAUAUGUUUAGGCUGCAGUAUUCUUUGGUGCCAGCCAGGGGACCUGUAAGAGGUGUGUAUGCUGCAUCCAUUUGUAUUUCAGUCCACUUAGCUCUUGAGCUUUUACAAUAUGGUAAUAAAUUGUUCCAUUUUAGAUUCA